UAUAUAUAUAUAUAAAAUUUAAAAUAUAUAUAAAUGAUAAUUUAUAAUCUUGCUCGAAAUCAUUUGAUAAGCGGUAUUUUAUAAAUUCUUACCGCAUGCGAUUGAAGCGAGCAGCGAUUGCCUCUAAAACUGAAGAUGUUAUGAGAAACAUAGUAUCGAUACAUAAUAGUUCAUAAAAGCUUCGUUUCUUGGAGCAAAAAUAGUGAAUAUGUUUGCUUGGAGUUUCUCACAAAACACUUUCAUACUCUUAUUUUUGAAUGAAAGAGAUUUAAUUUCGGCAAAAAUUGUAGUUGAAAAUUUGAUUAAGUUACCAGACUUGCUUCGGUGAUCGCACAACGUGCAGCAAAAUUGAGUUAAUUUUUUUUAAUUUAAAUAAAUUAAAAUUAUUUUAUGUUAGUUAAUUUAUUGUAUUAAUUAUGAGUAAUAAAACAUCAAAAGAAAAUGUAAUAAAUUUAUUGAAUUCAACAAGAGAAGAAGUGCGUAGCUGGUUGGAUACCUUCGAUGCGGUACUUACGGAUUGUGAUGGCGUACUUUGGCAUGAUGAUAUAGUAAUUCCUGGUUCUCCCGAGGUUAUUAAUAAAUUUAUAUCUUUCGGCAAAUUGGUGUAUUUUGUAACCAACAAUGGAACAAAAACUCGUUACCAAAUUUGGGAACGUGCCAAACGCAUGGGUUUUAACAUAAAAGAGGAGAACAUCAUAUCACCUACUCAUACGAUAGCAGAAUAUCUCAGUAACCUAAAUUUUCAACAAACUGCCUAUGUUAUUGGCAGCAAGGCAAUAACAGAUGAAUUAGAUGCAAAAGGCAUAAAGCAUUUUGGUGUUGGUCCUGAUGUAAUAAGUGGCAGGCUGAUUGAUUAUAUUCAAAGUGAAUUGAUUGAUAAUAAGAUUCAUGAUGUCGGUGCUGUUAUAGUUGGUUGGGAUGAACAUUUCUCAUAUGGAAAAAUGAUGAAAGCUUCUACUUAUUUGGGUACAAAUAAUGAUUGUUUAUUUUUAACAACAAAUGUUGAUCCUGUAAAAAGGUUUCCAAUGUAUCACAUACCCGAUACGGGAUCCAUUGUGAGUUCAAUUGAGUCUUGUGUCGAUCGUGCUGUCAUGCAAAUGGGUAAACCGAAUCCAUUAAUAUGUGAAGGUCUUAUCAAUGCUGGAGUGUUGAAAACAGAACGCACUUUAAUGAUUGGAGAUUGUUGCAAGAUUGAUGUAACAUUCGGAAAAAACUGUGGUUUCCAAACAUUACUUGUUGGUACUGGAAGUUAUCAGCUAGAAAAACUACAUAACAUAUAUCCAAAUAUAGAAGACUACAGAAAAUACAUUCCAGAUACUUAUUUACCAGCUCUCGGAGAUCUAUUAACAUUUUUAUAAUUAUUUGAAAAAUUUAUUAUAAUAAUUAAUUAACUUUUAUUAAAUACUUUCUUAUUAAAUAAUGUGUUUAACAACAUUUGUUCAGUUUGCAUUUAACUUGAGUUCUUAAUCAAUUACAUAUUUUGUAGGCAAAGGGGAAAUAAGAUGAUAGGGAAGAGAGAUAUGUUUUAGGUUAUGAUUAAAAGAUAUUUAUAUAUAAUAGUUUCAGUUUUCUGUGUAUAAAAGAAUAAUUUGUUAUAAAAAUAAA